GCCAUGUGUCGAUGCCACAUUAAGUCUAGUCAAGUCUAGCAUGCGCCAUGUGGGUGACCAAAUCGGUCUCUGCAUGAAAUCUUCGUUUUACUUUCCCAAAAUAUCCUUUAUUGAUUUAUGUAUUCUUCCAUCCAGGUGGGAAUGGGCUUCCAUCAUAAACACCUGUUCAUGAAGUAAAACGUUUUGUCACCUUGUCUUCUUUUUCUUCAAAAACUGCGAAGGACCCCCGCAUGCGCACAGAAGAGGAUGAGAAGAGGGCCAGCGCGCGUUAGCCUGGAAAGUUCGGCGAACCUUUCCCUCCACCAGCGCUUCUCUCAGGUGCGGGCUGAGCAAACGAUGCGGACCAACAUGGCGGCCGCUCCCGAGUCGGUCCUCCUAUUGGCGGGUUCCACGUCUUCAUUCAAUCUGCAGGCAUGUAGCGUUUUGCAGGUCGGGGCGCCGUGCGCCUCGCCGGCGGUCGCGACUCCGCCCACCGGGCGUGCGAGCGUGUGGACCCGGCUGGGCUGGAGGCAGCUCGGCUACUGGACCUUCCGGAACAAGUACGGCUGGAGAGCCGGGUGCCGCCGCGCCGCCUUCAGGAGAGCAGGUGCCCACGCCACGACACUUCACGUCUGCGCGGUCGCGGGAGCUUUUCAAAGUAAAGCGGCCGGCACCGCGCUUUGUGUUUCCCGCGCAGGAAGCAGCGGAAGACCGGCUCGGCGACGCCCCGCCGCAUCCGCGACGUUCCGGAAAGUACCUCCGGGCGGAACCCCGCCGGGAACGGCCCGUCUUUUCCGUCGCGGCGGGCCGAGGGGGCGGAGCCGAGACGUGCCCACCAAAACGGAGCUGGACGCCGAACUGGACAGCUACAUGGCCCGGUCCAAGACCCGGCUGGACGCCGAAUUGGACCAGUACAUGUCCAGGUCCAAGAGUCGGCUGGACGCCCAGCUGGAGGAGUACAUGGCGCUCGCGGGGCAGCCGCUGCCCUGGUGGGACUGAACUCCGGCCGCUUGGGAUCGUCCAAUGGGAACGCGUCCGCACUUUUCGUCGUUUCCUUUUGUGUUUCCCUGCGUUAGCGUCCGCUCAGCACGUUAGCUGUUGCCUUUGAAUUGCUCCUGUGUUAGCAUUGUUAGCUUCCUCCUAAGUUCUUUUCAUUAUGAGGGGAAAAAAAUGUACGUCCGAGAAUUUUGGCAAAUCUUUCGAAUUAAAAGACGAGAAAAUAAUUUGAGUUGCGCUCGUUUUGUUUAGUAUAAGUUCGUCAGCUGAACCGUCACCAACGCCGGCAGGAGGGCCAGCCUGAUGAGGUCAAAGGUCACCUGUCCUGCUGUCAGGGUCAUGACCUUUAUGCUCCUUGUUUUUAGGCUUUAGUGGAGAUGUGGCUGAAACUGCACACAAACGCAAACGUUUAGGGCUCUGAUUGGUCCAUUACAACAAUGGAUUCCUUUUUUUUUUUUUUUUUUUUUUCAAACAGUUACAUGUUUGGAUUAAAGUGGUUGAGCCUUUUUAACCAAGGUUUUGCAUAUUUUUACAUAUUUUAAAGAUCUCAAUGUAUUUUUUUAUUUUUUAAACAUUUUAAUCACCGUGUUUCAGUUACUUCUAGUAUUUGCUUUAUAUUUAAUGCAAUCUAAUUUGAAGUUGUGUUCUUGCGCUACAAUUAUUUUUUUUAUUUAAAACCAAAACUAUGAAAGCAGAUGACUCUCUUGUAGCUGAAUGUGCUGCAAUCUUUUCCACACAUGGUAGAAACAUGUUAGGCUGACAUGCUCAUGGAAACGCACACAAAGCAGUCACGCAUCUUGCGUACCAACGGGCACCACCAACCUGGUGCCCACAUCAUAAUCAUACAAAUUUGUGGAGACAAGUGUGCGUGUCAUUUAGGCCAAAAUUGUCCUUUUUAAAUCGGUUGCAAUUAUCCAAAAGCAUAAGUUACUAUACAUAUUUUCCCCGUCUAGUAAAUAUUUCAAAUCUGCAACAUGGCGUGAAGGUGAAGCAUGACCCCGCCCCACCACACUUGCGCACACACACACACAGCUCAAGAGGACUCCACCAACAAAAAAGUGUU